AUGGCUCGGGGCAAGCAGGCCGUGUGCGAUGGCGAUGGCCUGAAAGAUUCCCUGGCUGCCGUGUUCAAGAAACGUUUGAGCUCGCCCACGUGUAUUGAAUACACGACGGAGCUGGACGACCCCGUGAAUGGGGACGCGCUGUUGGAACACAAGCGGUUGAUCAACGACAUCCGCAAGGUGAUCAGCCCCCACGACCAGAUCACCGUGGCUGGCCUCACCGCGCCGCUCAAGAAGACGGCCAAGGACAAGUCCGACGAAUGGGACUUGGGGUCAGAG